AUGGUUGAUGUAGGGUUGGUUAGCAGCCAAGACAAGGCCAUUCCUGGCCCAUCCGCACUACUAGAUACUGCAACUGGGACCGCAAGCCCUCUCGCACCUCUCGAGCUCAUAGGGGGGCAAUACCUAGGAGUCCCCACGUCACCAAAAAGCUACAGGUUUAGUGGCGGGGGGCUGGCUGCACCCUCACAUCGGUAUGGGAAGUCUCGUGAUGAGAUCGAAGAGAUUUCAGAGGAGGCCGAGGAGGAUGCGGAAGGGGGUCCAUCCGAUAGCACCGACAAGGAUUAUGAUCCGAAGAAAGAUGGGGAUUGCGCGGGGUUGAGGGAUGACGAGGAGGAGGAGGAGGAGAAGGGUGAGGAGGAGGAGGAGGAGGAGGAGGAGGAGGAGGAGGAGGAGGAGGAGGAGGAGGAGGAGGAGGAGGAGGAGGUGGAGGAGGGGGAGGGAGAGGGUAGUGGUGAGGAGGCUGAGGAGGAGGAGGAGGAGGAGGGGGUGUCCCAGCCGGGGAAGGCUAAGAGGAAGGCCAAGGGGAAGGCCAAGGGGAAGGCCAAGGGGAAGGCCAAGGGGAAGGCCAAAGGCAAGGGGAACGGGAAGAAAAAGGGCAAGGGUAAAGGCAUAGAAGUUCAGGAGGAGGGGGUGGGAGAGGAUGGUAUGGCCGCGUCGGUAGAUGAGAAUGAUGGGCCUUUAAAGGCCACGAAAGGGUGUAAGAAGGCCCCGGGUUGGCAGGUCCAGAUGUUCGGGCCAUUGGGGGCGGAUGAGAAGCGCAAGUGUAAGAUGUGCGAUACCCGUAUCAGUUGGUCGACGGGCACUACGACUCCAGGGGUGCGCCACAUGGUUGCGAAGCACACGGCGCACCACGCCAUUUGGCAGUAUAGGUCCCUAAGACCACACCUACUGACUAAGGGGGAGACUUUCCCGGAGGGUGGCUACGAUGGAGUUCCCGACAGGAAGGUGGUGAAUUGGCCACACGUGGCCUCGUGGCCCAAGUUGCCGGUGGUGCAGACCCCGAGCGCGAAGGGUGAGGCAGGCGGCAUUGAGCGCUUUGUUACAGCGAGGCUGAGUAAGCUGGAGCUUCGUGCGGCGAUCACGAAGCUUGUGGUGACCGGCGACUUGCCCUUUCGCAUCGUCGAGCUGGAUGCGUUCAAGGAGCUGCUGAUCCUGCUGAACGAAAAGUGUGGGGAAAAGGGCGUUAUCCCAUCACGCUGGACGGUGGCGCGCGACACCGUUGUCCUUGCUGACUUGGCGCUCGAGGCAGCGAUUGCAGAGCUGGCCUCUACAACCUGUGCCGUGUCGUACAGCACCGACAUGUGGACAGGCCCGAACGGCAAGGCCUACAUGGUGCUGACAGGUCACUUCGUGUCAGUGCAGUGGGAGUUGCGCCAGGUGAUUCUUGCUUUCGUCGAGAUGCCUGGCAGGCAUGGGGGGAAGGAAAUUGCUAAGGCGGUGGAGAAGGUGGUGGUGCAGUGGAAGUUGCAGACGCGUUGCCUCGGUCUCACGACCGACAAUGCGUCUGCAAACGUAGUUGCUCUUCGGCACCUGGCGGAGGAGGGUGAAUUCUCGGGGUACUUCAGCGAGAAGGCGCACUACAGAGUCUCCACGGCCGCCGAGGGGUCGACCUACCCCACUGUGUCGAUGGUGCUGCCUUACUUCUACGCCCUCAUCGACAGCCUGGAGAAGAAGCUGCACACAGGGACGCAUGAACUAGUUCGUCCACUCAUGUCUGCCGCGCUGGGGCAUCUGAAGCAGUACGAGUUUGCCAUCGGGGACGAGUACUGGAUCGCGACCUUCUUGGAUCCGUCCAUGAAGGCCGAGUACUUCAGGAUGACACACUGGGAGCUGAUGCAUCCAGGCAUAGUGGCACGUGACGGUGGGCGGCUUAAGCCACGUAUGAGUGCGGACAGGGUGGUGAGCUUGGUGCGCCGCCGAGUGGAGGAGUACCAAGCUCGAGCAGCACGUGAAGCUCCCACCCCACCACCAGCACCAGCAGCAGCAGUGGUGACACCGUUCGAGGACGACGACGACGAGUUUGUGUUCUCUAGGGCACAGCUGCAGAAGCGUGUUUCAGCUAGCGCAGCAGCGAGAGCGGGGGGAGGGGGGACGUCGGUGGGGGAUGAGGUGGAUCGGUACUUAGCGGAGCUGCCUGUCUCGGACGUGCCAGCGCUGCAGUACUGGCAGUGUGCGAGGAACAUGGACACGUUGAGGCAGAUGGCACGGGAUUACCUCGCUAUCCCCGCCACCUCUGCAGCUAGCGAGCGAGCUUUCUCCAUGGGGAGGAACCUCAUCUCCUUGCACAGGCACAGGCUGAACACUGAGCGUGUUAGCGCGAGCAUGACUCUCAGGUCAUGGUACACGUCACACCCUGGGAAGAGUAUUGGUGAGGAACCCGGCCGCAGCGGACAGCAGGCACCACCAGAGUUGGCGCUGGAGGGAGAGGGGCUAGAUGAGGGGGAUGAGGAGGAGGCUGUUGCUGUGGGGGGAGGAACUGGAGUUGAGUGA